ACUGGUUCUUUCACUAAAAUAUUAAAAUAUAUUUAUAUAUUAUAGUUUAUUGUUUACUGUUUCUAAUAACUGCCUUCUUUGUUUCCCCCAUUGCCACCACUUGUCUAAAGUCCUUUCCUUUCCUUGACUGCCACCUGCUGGUGGAAUUUUAAACUCAUUCAUUUUGUGGUGGUGUGGUAAAAGCUAUAAUGGUGAAUUCUUUUUAUUUUUUAACUUUUAUUUCUUGAAAAAUCUGCUCUAGGAACAUGGAGAAAAUGUCACGGGUUACCACAGCCCUCAGCAGCAACACCAUCAGUGGCCGGACUAUGUUCUGCCACCUAGAUGCCCCUGCCAAUGCCAUCAGCGUGUGCCGGGAUGCCACGCAGGUGGUUGUUGCUGGGCGCAACAUCUUCAAGAUCUUUGCAAUUGAGGAGGAGCAGUUUUUGGAAAAGCUGAAUUUGCGAGUCGGACGUAAACCGUCUCUGAACUUUAGCUGUGCUGAUGUCAUGUGGCACCAGAUGGAGGAGAACCUGCUGGCCACCGCUGCCACAAAUGGGGCUGUGGUCACGUGGAAUCUGGGAAAACCUUCUCGCAACAAGCAGGACCAGCUGUUUACUGAGCACAAACGAACUGUCAACAAGGUGUGCUUCCACCCCACAGAAGUUUAUAUGCUGCUGAGUGGCUCACAGGACGGCUUCAUGAAGUGCUUUGACUUGCGCAAGAAGGAGUCUGUCAGUACUUUCUCAGGUCAAUCAGAGAGUGUAAGGGACGUCCAGUUCAGCAUGAAGGAUUAUUUUACAUUUGCUGCGUCCUUUGAGAACGGCAAUGUUCAGCUUUGGGACAUCAGACGACCUGAUCGGUACGAACGGAUGUUCACUGCUCAUACUGGCCCUGUGUUCUGCUGCGACUGGCACCCUGAUGACAGAGGCUGGUUGGCCACAGGAGGCAGAGACAAGAUGGUGAAGGUUUGGGAUAUGACCACAAACAGAGCCAAGGAGAUCUAUUGUGUCCAGACAAUUGCGUCAGUGGCUCGAGUUAAAUGGCGGCCUGAAAAGAAAUUUCAUUUGGCCACCUGUUCUAUGAUGGUGGACCAUAACAUCUAUGUCUGGGACAUUCGUAGGCCUUUCAUUCCCUUUGCUACUUUUGAGGAGCACAAAGAUGUGACUACUGGUAUUGUGUGGCGCCACCAGCAUGAUCCUCAUUUUCUACUUUCCGGCUCCAAAGACAGUACGCUCUACCAGCAUAUGUUUAAGGACGCUACCCGUCCCGUGGACAAGGCCAACCCAGAGGGUCUGUGCUUUGGAUUGAUGGGGGACUUGGCCUUUGCUGCCAAGGAGAGUCUGAUCAGCAGUGAUACCAACAGGAAGCCCUAUCCUGGAGGCGAUCGCCGCUACCCAAUCUUUUUCUUCAAGAAGGCCGACCCAACAGAACAGUUUGCCCACGUGUCCAGUGUACUCAGUGUCUUCGAGACGGACUUGGAUGGUAACCGUAUGGACUGGUUUGUUCAGACGGCACAACUCUACCUCCUCAGUGGAAAGCCAUUUGCUGAGUUGUGUGAUCACAAUGCCAAGGUAGCCCGUGAACUCAACAGACCUCAGGUUUCCACUACAUGGACCAUGCUGAGAAUUAUGUUCUCUGACCCAGCAAACCUCACUACACCUGGUCCUAACCACAACCUCAGUAAACUCGGCUCGUUGCCUUUAAUGAAUAGUUUCAGUAUGAAGGAAAUGGGUUCAGGGAUGGGCACAGAGAGCAGACUGGAGCGAAGCAAAGGCGAGAGCAGGCAGGAUAACAUUCACCUGGAGCCUGGGAACUCACACAUCAGCAACAAUAAUGAAGAAAACGAGGAGACGGAGGGCAGUGACGGCCCAGCAGAAUACAUGUUUGGUGAUGCUGAGCUAGAUGACGAUGACCUCUACUCCAUGGAGCACGACAACCAAACAGAAGAGCAGGAAUACACACUGCCUCAGGAGGCCUUCCCGCUGCGUCAUGAGAUCGUGGAUAACCCAUCUGCUCCGGAGCACCUUCAGCAGGACAAGGCCGACUCCCCACACGUCAGCGGCAAUGAGGCAGAAGUCACUUGUCUGACUCCUAUCGAGUCUUUCUCUCUCAUCUCCAUUUCCCAGCCGCUGUUCAGCCCAGAUCUACCCGCCAGCUUCUUCUGCCCCAUUGUGCGUGAAAUGCUGUGCUACUACGCUGAACAGGGCGAUGUGCAGAUGGCUGUGUCUGUGCUCAUCGUCUUGGGAGAAAGGAUCCGGAAGGAGAUUGAUGAACUUACGCAGGAGCACUGGUACAUGUCCUACAUAGACCUGCUGCAGCGAUUUAAACUGUGGAACGUGUCCAAUGAAGUCAUCAAACUGAGUACGUGCAGCGCCAUCACCUGCCUGAACCAGACUUCUACAACGCUGCACAUCAACUGCAGCAAUUGCAAACGACCAAUGAACAACAAGGGCUGGAUUUGUGACAGGUGCCAUCAGUGUGCCAGUGUUUGCGCAGUGUGCCACCAUGUAGUGAAGGGACUGUUUGUGUGGUGUCAAGGCUGCAGCCAUGGUGGACAUCUGGAACACAUUAUGAACUGGCUCAGGAGCAGCACUCAUUGCCCUGCCGGGUGCGGUCACCUGUGUGAGUACACAUGAACGGGUCCCAACAACUGUCCACACAGCUGAUCCACUAUGGGAGCUGGAAACAUCCUGGCAUCAGCCUGGAAAACACACAGGCUCCGAAGGGAAAUGAGUUAUCCUCAUUCUUCAUGGGCCUGGAGCAUCUGGUAGGAGGUCAUAGGGCUUUAAAGAGACAUCACACCAAGGUUCUGAGGGAGGAAGAGGGUUACAUGUGCUCUCCUGUUUAGCCAUUCAAGAACAAAUGUAUUGUGAUUUCAUGUUUUCGCUGGAAUUGUUCAGAGUCAUUUGUGUGUUCAUGUAAGACAAAUUGAAGAAUUCACAUUUGCUGCUUUUUAUAUAUUUUUUUCUCCAUAACACCCUGAAGAUUCAACAGAAGGAGUUAAUUUAUCUUUAGUGAAUUGCUAAUGUAUGUACAUAAAACAUAUUUUGAGGUGUUGUACUUUAUAGAAAGCGACUGAUUUCAAAUCAAGCAAUACUGUACAUUAAAGAUGACAUGGU